AUGGAUACCUCCAGGAGUUGGAUGUAUGCUAGGAAGCUUCCAAAUGGACUAUUGAAUCCAGAGUUUCUUAGUGGGUUGGAAGCAUUUAUCAAUUUUGCUUGUAGUAAGCCAGAAUUUAUGGACGAGAGUAAAAUAAGAUGUCCGUGUGCAAAGUGCAUAAAUCGAAAGUACCUACUUGUGGAUGAUGUCAAAUUUCAUCUUGUUAGUAAGGGGUUUAGACCUAACUAUCUAAAAUGGACUGCACAUGGUGAAUCAUUGUGUUCUUCAACGUAUGCCAUUGAGGUCAAUGUUCCAAGGCAAGAACAUUUCCAUGGUGACACUAACCCAUACCGUAAUAUGGUGUUUGAUGUUGCUGGUCCCCAUUUUCAAAAUGCUAUGGCGAAUUUUCCUUCACUAGAUAAUGAAGUUGAUAAUAUGGAAGAACUGCCAAAUCCAGAAUCGAAAAAAUUUUAUGAUAUGCUAAAAGCAACUGAAGAGGAAUUGUGGUCUGGUUGUGAGAGGCAUUCACAAUUAUCUGCCGUAGCUCGAAUGUUGCAUAUUAAGUCAGAAAAUCACUUGUCCGAGAAAUGCUAUGACCAGAUUGUGAAUUUUGUGAGGGAAGUUUUACCAGAUGAAAAUAAGUUUGUUGAUAGUUUUUACAAGACGAAGAAGCUUAUACGGGGAUUGGGUCUACCUGUGGAAAAAAUUGACUGUUGCAAGCUUGGUUGCAUGAUAUAUUGGGGAAAUGAUAAUAUUUUAACUAAAUGCAAAUUUUGUGGGCUGCCAAGAUACAAGCCUCGAAGGGGAUCAAGUAAGACAAAUGUAGCAUGGAAGAGGAUGUAUUAUUUUCCUUUGACACCAAGGCUUCAGAGACUCUAUGCUUCUGAGGCAACAGCUGCAAAAAUGCGGUUAUUAAAAUAA